AUGAGUUUUGCAGGUUCGGUCGUGUUGGCUGCGAUAGGGGCGGCCUCGUACAAGUAUGACCCGCACCAGCAGUCUGUCCCACACCCUCUGCUCGGGGUUUCCCUCAGAGAGUUCCCGCAGGGUGUAUACUGGACUAAGGUGAUACAGUUGCGUGUUGCAUUGGGGGCAAUGCUUCUUAACUUCUUCGGGGACUUCUUCACGGGGGCACCCUUCGCGUACCCGUUCAAAGCGGUAGCUCAUUUCGCUCGAAACGCAAAAAGGUACUCGCAUACAAUGCUCUCAGGGCUUAUCGUGUACCUGAUCAGUUUUAGUAUCGUGUUGUUUGUCUAUUGGGCCACCGUGGCACCACUGUACGCUGCGUUUUUCGCUCUACUGGGACCUCUAGGGCUUGUGCUAGCUGGGGUCCAUUCUGUGUUGCACGCAAACAUGCUCACCAUGAUGUUUAUGCGGUUGGCUCACAUAUCUAACCCUGCUGUACUAGAUUGUAUUAAUGGACCUCAGGGGAUUAUCGAUUUUAGACCAGACGUACCUGUACGUUACUAUGUCCCCUUUAUGACGUGGUAUUUUUGGUUGUACCAUAUGCCCCUGCGUGCCUCACAAAUGGUCCUAGGGUUAAUAGUGCUUUUAGUGCUCCUUGCCGUGUCCAGUUUCCCCCUCUUGGGGCCCGUGAUGUUCACAGUGAUCGUAUCUCCCUGGAUCGCAAAGAUAUACCUCUCGAAACUAUUCAGAAUGGAUGGGCUCAGUAAGAGGGACAGAGAGAACCACUUCGUGGAACACAUGGGGUUCUUCGUCUCCUUUGGUUUAGCGGCAGGACUCCUAGAGGUCCUUCCGAUCCUGUCAGGGUUCGUCCUCACUACAAAUUCAAUCGCUACAGCACUCUGGUUUAUCGACAGCAAGUAA